CCACAAGUGUCAUGUGAUACAGCACAGCCAAUGAACUUUUCAUGGCGAGAAUGAGCGCCCACUUACAGUAAAGACUGGUAGAACCCCCGGACGACUCUCCACUGGAACGGACUCUACCACCCCUUAUAGUGAUUAUUCUGUUCCUUUUAGUACAACAGCGUCCCCCAUCCUCUGCGAGCUGUGAUGGUCCUGGGGACUCGUGUACCACGGACAUGGAGCUUACAUUGCCGUCAGCAACUGAAGAGCUUCUGCGAGAAAUAAAACUCAAGUACCAGGAGACCUCACAAGUUUCUGACGAACAUCUCCUGGGACUGAAAUUUAUCUUUGGGCCCACAGCCCUCUAUGCCUUGGAUUUAGUCGAUCAACAUUCGGUAACACAUGUCACAAGUCCCAGCGGAAGGAGCACUUUCCAGGUUACUGGAAGUUCAGGCAAAGUCUACACCUGUUACAAGGCCUGUCACUACUGUUCCUGUCCUGCCUUCUCUUUCUCUGUGCUCAGAAGAAAUGAAAGCUUGAUGUGCAAACAUAUUCUUGCAGUCUACCUGAGUCAAGCCAUAGGGUGCUGCCAAGAUCUCUCUGUGUCUGAUAAGCAGAUGGGUGAAAUUCUACUGGCCAAAGAAGACUAAUGCCACAUGAUGACCGGUGGUGAGAAUGGGACUGCUGUGGGAUUGGGAAACCACAAGUACUGUUACUUACAAAGCCUAAUUGUUUAUUUUAUUUUACUUGUAUUAAAGAUGUAACAAAAGUUGUUAAUUCCUACAAGCAGUCUUCCAUUAUGUCAGAUGUUUUUCAAGGUAUUUUCUUUUUUUUUUUAAACUGAAGUUGUAAAACAGAGGCUAAUGCUUUAUAUGUUAAUGGGAUUAAGAUUGUUAGUUUUUUUUCCUGUUUGUACCAUUCAAGCUAUUUGUGCAAUAAAUAUGAUCAAGUUGUACCCAUGUUGGGUUUU